CGAAGACUAAAUUCUCUUUAGUACGACUUUAUCAAAGUUUAUAGUUGGUUGUUGCUAAAAAACUGGAAUAGGUACAGUGCAUUGUAGGUGUGUCAGUGUGUCACAUGCAAUUUUGACAGGAAAUUGUCAAUUGUCAUUGAGCCCGGAGACUUUCCUCGACAUCUUCUCACAGUGAUAUGAAAUUGUCUCCAAAUUUCAUCGAAACACCGAUUUUUCCACGUAAAUCUCAAGUCUUCUCAUCAUCUGUUUUGGUUUCAUCGGAGGAGCAUCAACUAUUGAAAAAAUGACGGAAAGUUUUGUGAGAGAGGCUGAGGCUUGCCGGGUUUUUUCUUCAAGUUUUUACAAAAUUUUAGGGAAAGAGCUGAAGGAUUCGAAUAUCGUGUCUUCACCCCUGAGUGUUCAUGUUCUGCUGUCAUAUCUGACACAUGGAGCUAGGGGCCGUACUGCCGAGGAGAUGGUCAACUGCCUCAGCAUCAGUGGAAUCGAGCAGUGGCAGUUCGGUUAUAAGAACCUCAUCUCAUCAUUGAAUGGACCAGCAAAAGCAGAUCUUCUCCUGGCGAACUCAGUAUUUCUCCGUGAGGACGUCGAUCUCCUCCCAAAUUUCUCAUCGAUUGGAACAGAUUUCUACGACUUCACCGUCUCAAAAUUGAACUUCGGAAAAAGUGUCGAGUCAGCUGAGGAAAUAAACAGCUGGGCAAUGAAAAAGACAAACAAUAAAAUCAACAACAUUAUCACAUCAGAUGACAUAACCGAUGACACUCAGAUGAUUCUCGCAAAUGCUAUUUACUUUAAGGGCACUUGGCUAUUUACCUUUGAUGCUGAAAAAACAACUCCCAAGAAUUUUUACGUUACCAAAGAUGUUGUUAAAAGUGUUGCCAUGAUGAGCCAGAAAAAACGAUAUCGACAUGGCGAUCUUCCAGAGCUCAAUGCUAGAUACAUCGAGAUUCCAUACACAGAUGAUAACCUGUCUAUGGUGGUAGUACUUCCAAAGGAAAUCGACGGCCUGUGCCAUUUGGAAAAGAAUUUUAAUUGGAAUCUCAUACUCACUGCAGAUCACACGCAGAAGGAAACGAUUCUGAAUUUGCCAAAAUUCACAGUGGAGUCCACGAUUGAUUUGAAGGAAAUCCUUGAAAAGCUGGGUAUGUCAGAGAUGUUCAGCAAUGCAGCUAAUCUCUCUGGGAUUGCGAAUUCACCUUUAAAAGUCAGUAAAGUUCUCCAAAAAGCGUUCAUCGAGGUGAACGAAUUCGGUACAGAAGCAGCUGCCGUCACACUCGGACAGAUAAGAUUGAGAAGAAUGGUCUACGAGCCAGACGAAUUCAACGUCGACAGGCCUUUUAUGGUUGCAAUUCGUCACAAACCCAGUGACAUUCCCCUCUUCCUCGGGAGUGUUCGCGAUAUCGGCGAACCCAUCCCCAAAGACGAGCUUUAACUCAAAAAUCGCACGAAUCAGUCUAUUUUUCACCACAAAAUAUCUAUUUUAUAAAGCUUCACGUGACUAAUCAGUAGAAUUACAAUAAAUUUAACUUUUAUAUUAUAA